AUGAUGCAGAGGAAGAAGCCAGCCUACCAAAUAAUCGACGGAAUUCCCAGAUGCGUCGGCCUGAAACCCGACAGGCUACGGGAAAGACUUAACUUCAGGGCGAAGAAAGGAGACCUUGUGCAGGUAACGUUUCCGAAGAGUGGAACGAAUUGGCUGAUGUACAUCGCGCACUUGAUUCUGAAAGAGGGACAACCAAUCAGCACGUACCAAGAGUUCGCAAAAAAUAUGCGCUUCCUCGAGUACAUGGAAAUCGAGGACUUCAGCGCGUCUCUGCCUCUGAGAACAUUCAUUACGCACUUGCCGUUGGACAAGCGUACGAUGACAGAAGGAGGCAAGUACGUCUACCUCGCCCGCAAUCCAUGGGAUGUCUGCGUCUCCUUGUACAACAUGGCGAUCAAUACGACCAUAUUCCUAUUCCGGGACGGCACGUUCGAUGAUUACGUCGACACAUUCGUAGGAGGCAACUUCGGCUACGGCGACUACUUCGAACACGUAGCAGCGGGCUACGCUCUAAGGGAGGAACCAAACGUGUUCUUUGUGACUUACGAGGAACUCAAGAAAAACACCCGCGAGGUGGCGCUGAGGCUGGCUUAUUUCCUGGGAGAGAAGUACGGCCGUGCUCUGGAGGAGGAUGAAGCGUUCCUCCAGAAAAUCCUGGAAAGAUCACACGUUGAUAGCAUGCGCAGCGUAAUGGUCCUCGACUUGACCGGCAAGAGUAAUCCACAAUGGAAGGACGUGCUCUCCCGGAGGAAAGUCCCCAGCAGCGAAGAUCAGGAUGUACAGCCGAAAACGUACGAGUACGUGAGAGCUGGCAAAGUCGGAAGCUGGAAGGAUUACUUCACACCCGAUCUACUGAGGAAGAUGGAGAAUCGUAUUCUGGAAGCGGAGAAGGAGUCCUCCUUGAUGGACCUGUGGAAGGACAUCCGCGCUGAAGCGAUUUCACGCAUGCAGGAUACCAAAUAA